AUGCAGGAAGUGCGGGAAGCCUUUAAGCAGACGGUUGGAGAGAAUAUCCGAAGCGAUGAUCUCGCAGCGGUUCUGAAGACCUGUGGCGUGGACGAGGCUUCGGUGGAGUUCCUCCUCCAGCAGGCUAAGGAUUUCUCCGAGAACGAGGUUGUCUCCGUCAGUGGCUUCUGCGACUCGCUUCGCAUGUCUGCGCAACGGACGCUCUCCCUUGGCAAGGCCGUGGCACAGGUCAACAGCGUUGAGGCCUGGAAUCUUCACCAUGAUGACUUGAAGCAGCUUGCUUCUAUGUUGAGCGGUAUGUGCAAGGCCACCACAGUGGCAGAGGCCCUCCAAGAGGUCCAUUCGCUUCUGUCACUGGGCCAUGACUUAUGGGUCUAUGCCUACAUGCGAAAGCUCUAUGAUCGCAGCCCUGACCUUUACUUUGCCACCAUAGCAGCAGAGCCUGCAAAGCUGCUGCCGGCCGUAUACACACCCACCGUCGGCGAGGCAUGCCAAAAGUUUGGCAAGAUGCCCCUCUACCGCCGAGGCUGCUACCUUUGCAUAUCCGACCGUGGCCACUUCAAAGAAGUGCUGCGUGAGUAUGCCGAGGCCGAGCUGGAGAAGGACGCCAAGGGCAACUACCUAUGUGAUUGUAUUGUCUUCUCGGACGGAGGUCGCAUCCUCGGACUGGGAGACUUGGGCGCCUGGGGGAUGGGCAUCCCCAUCGGCAAACUGGAUCUUUAUACCGUCUGUGCGGGCUUCGACCCUUCUCGAACCAUCCCCCUGAUCCUCGACGCCGGCUGCUCCGGGCCGGAAGGCAACACCGAUCGCUUGGUCAUCCGAGAUAGUGCAGUCUACACAGGCAUGAAGCAGGCACGUGUCACACACAAGUCUGCAGGGGGAACCGUCGUGAACACCGCUUACUAUGGCGAAGGGAAUGUCAUCGAGGAGUUCAUGAAGGCUGCGACCGAGCUCUUCGGUGAGAGAUGCCUGCUCCAGUUUGAGGACUUCAACUCCAACGAUGCCUUCCCUUUAUUGGCGGAGUAUCGCAACAAGUAUUUGACCUACAACGACGACAUCCAGGGCACCGCCGCCGUAGCGCUGGCGGCGCUCCUGGGUUCUAUGCGCCUUCGCGACCCCAAGUGCGACCUGAGGGCGACGCUGCUGAAGCAGACCUUCCUCUUCCACGGGGCGGGAUCCGCGAACAUCGGCUUGAUGCGGCUCCUGAACGAAGAGGCCGGGGUACCGCUCUCCUCCAUCUUCGUCACCAACUCCAGGGGCUUGAUUUGGCGCUCUGCGGAUGACACUAUGGGCAGCUUCCGCAACCAGGAACAGAAGGCUUUUGCGCAGGUCGGCGAGCCAACUUUCGAUUCUAAGGACUUGGCUACCCUAGUGGAACAUGUCAAACCCACCUGCGUGGUGGGGGCGGUAGGUGUGACUCCGAACUGCUUCAAGAAGCCAAUGGUGGAGGCCUUGCUACGUUUCUCGGAGCGUCCGGUAAUCUUCGCCCUCUCUAAUCCGAAGACUCAGGCAGAGAUCACCGCCAACGAUGCCUACGAGUGGUCCCAGGGCAAGGUGAUCUUCGGUUCUGGGACCUGGUUUGCUCCGGUGGAACUGAACGGGAAAACCUUCGCACCAGGGCAGGUGAACAACGUCUACAUCUUUCCGGGCAUGUCUUUCGGUGCAGUCUGCUGCCAGGCAUCGAGCAUACCAGAGCGGCUGUUUUUGGCAGCGGCAGAGGCCGUGGCCAACAGCCUAGGUGAGGAGGAGAUGGCUUUGGACAUGGUGGUUCCCAAGCGCGACCGCAUCCAGGAGGUGUCCCUGAACGUCGCAACUGCUGUGGUUUUGGAGGCCCAAGCCCUAGGCCUCGCCGCGCGCAACUUGGGCGCAGACCGGCAGACCGUGCAAAGAGCGCUGGAGGCCAUGCGCUGGACUCCGAAGCCCUGA